AUGGCGACGGAGGGAGGGCCCCCGAGGACUUCAAUGUUCAUCCCGAGGAAUAAAGCGCAGCUGGCGGGGGAGGGCGAAUAUCGUGCUGGGCUGUUGAUCCCAUUGCUUCCGGAACGCGAAGACAGUGGUAUCGACAGCGAAGAGACGGGAUAUGAGCAAAGGCGCGGCAGAAGGGUCAGGCGAGCGAGUGACGGUGACGAAUCCGCUGAAACAAGCAGUAGUGAAGAUGAUGGCGGUAUGAAGAAACAAUGGGCCAGAUGUGUCGAAAGCAAUGAUUCGAAUUUGGACGGAUCGUGGAAGGCUUCCCGCGAGGAGUUCCCAAUGUUGCCGUGGCCCGGGCAUCCGCGUCGCGUCUCCCAGCACGAGCCACCCCACCCACGGACCAGCCCAAGCCGCUCUUCUCCACCGCUUUCAGAAGUAGAACUCACGGCCUCCGACGAGGACGACGCUUCAGUCGUAGAGCUGGUUAUUCCGUCCCUAAAUACUCAGGCCAAUAACGGGCAGCAGCGUUAUAGGUGCGAGGAGUCUAGAAAAACUACGAGUGGCAGCUCGCUUGCCAGACGUGGCAACUAUGGCAAGAACCGCCUUAUUAUGGAACGCUCCGUGGCUGAAUGGGCGCGGGGCGUCGGCGAUCAGCGGGAGCGCCAGUCGCGCCUCAAGCCCCGGAGGGGCUGCACGUGUCCUCGCUCCCGCCUCACGACUUAUGUAACCAUCCGCACGGUGAGUCCGCAGCCUCCGCGCCACUUACCCCCCAAUCGACCCCGCGGCCGACCCACGCGCGCCCAUCCAACCCCCCCGCCGCCCAUCGCAUAUCGACUGAUAACCCGCACGGAGCCACCAGCGGCCCGCGUUGUGCAA